UGGACACGUGGAGGUCGUCGAUGCGCUGCUCAAGGCUGGCGCUGACCCUGCAGCUAAGGACAACGAAGGGGACACACCCGUCGAUGUGGCCUGCGGACCCGAUGUAGCACAAGUACUAACCAUGUAUAGGAUGUAGAAAGAUUACGAUGGGGACCAGUGUGUUUUGCACUCAGAACUUGCACGGCUACUCGCUCCAGUUCUCACCCUUCCAGGCUGACAGGUUGAUUUGCGCAACUUCGCAGCAUUAUGGUCUCUCUGGUCGUGGUGCUUUGUUCCUCCUGUCCAUCUUACCAAAUGAACAGCCCAAACUUUUAAGUCAGUUGAAUUGGGACGAUGGCCUAUUUGAUGUUGCCUGGAGCGAGGAAAAUCCUGAAAUUGUCAUCUCUGCCAGUGGCGAUGGCUCCCUUCAGCUGUGGAAUGUUGGACAGAACGUCCCUCGACUGGUGUAUAAAGAGCAUAGUAAAGAGGUGUAUGGAGUGGACUGGAGUAAAACGCGGCAGGAGCAACUCUUCCUGUCUGCUUCUUGGGACUGCACUGUUAAAUUGUGGAAUCCAGUCCAGCCGCAUUCUCUUAGCACCUUUGUGGGCCACACAGGCAUUGUCUACAGCGCUGUUUGGUCUCCUCUGGUCCACGGCACUUUUGCAUCAGUGUCUGGAGAUGGCAGUCUCCAGAUUUGCAACAUCACAGCUCCUCAAAACCCUGUUUUGAAGGUGGCUGCUCACCAGGGUGCCGAAGUUUUGAGCUGUGACUGGUGCAAAUACCAGGAGCACAUCUUGGUGACAGCCGCUUCUGAUGGUCUCAUCAGAGGCUGGGACACGAGAAAACUGCAAGUCCCAAUCUUCCACCAAAUUGGCUGCGAAAGGGCUGUGAGGAAAGUGCAAUUUUCACCCCAUCAAAGAUCUGUGCUGGCAGCAGUGUCCUACGACUUUAGCACAAGAAUUUGGGAUUUCAAAAACUGCGCCGAGCCUAUUGAAACUAUAAAGCAACACACUGAAUUCGUUUACGGUCUCGACUUCAACCUCCAUGUCCCUGGACAGUUGGCUGACUGCGCUUGGGACUCGCUUGUGUGUGUUUUUACUCCGAAAACUUUAAUUGAUCAGUUUGUGCUCCAACGACCAAGAGCGCUGCACAUGCAAAAGUGAUUCAGUGAUUUAAAACAGCGUUUAAAAUACAAUUUUUUAUAAUGAAAAAAUUUAAACUAGUACAGAUCGUCAUUAAAGUAACCAGCUGAAAGACAUGCUGGGUGUAAUUUGAACUCUCCAGUAUUUUCAAGUACUGCACCCGGAGCACACAACCACGGGUCAUUGGUUGCGUUUUGCCACUGCCAGAGCUGCGUUUUCAGAUCAUCAAAAAUUUUCUAUAAAAUAACAGUAAAUAUCCAAUUUGAAAAAGUAAUAAAAUUAGAACCUUGUAGGAUUUCUUGUUGGCGACAUUGUAAUAUUCCUCUGGGUCCAGACGCAAAUCAAACAAUUCCCACUCAGGCCGGUAAUAGUAAUUUUGUAAUGUUUUAUACCAGUUCAAAGGCUCCUUGUUUCUUGUCCUAUUCAGCAUAUCCUACAAGGAUUUAUUUGUGAAAAAUUUGAUUAUUUUUUUCAUAAAAUAACUAACCUGGAAAGUUUGAGAGAUGAAAAAGUCCUGAUCAAUUGGAAAUGGCAUUUUGUAGUUGAGGUUGUGGAUCAACUUGUAUCUUUUGGUACGCACCGCGCGCAUUGGGUAGUACAUAGUGACCUCGUGGUUUGUGUGACUCGCAAAAAUAGGCCUGUCCUCCUCCGGUUCUUUAUUAAAAAUUUUAAUAAAUGUAUUAAAAUUG